CGUGUCUGCACCGCGCCCCUUCUCAAGUCCCUUUGUCCACGUGUCAGUGCUACGGAGAUUCACUAUUUUUGGUCCUUUAUAUUGGUCCUUUAUAUACCAUUCCCACUUGCUUUGAUUUACAAGUAUCCCGCUCAAAUUGAAAUUGGAAUUUCAACUCAAUCAUCAAUAUUAUGUCUGACUCACUGAGAUACAUGAGGCAUGGUACAGGUGCUAAGUUUGUCCCCUAAUAACUCACCUUUAAUUAUUCUGCUUAAAAAAUUCCUUAUUCCCAUCAUCCAUGUUCCACAUACCUCUCUAUAAAUACACUUGCUUCCACAUAUCAGUUCUCCACCAACCAUCUGUUUUCCAAUUAACAACUUAGUUGCUAUCAUGGCUUCUCAAUUCGAUGAUGUGAUUAAUCUUCGACCUGGGAAGGAGACAUGGAGGAUGCUGGUCAAGAUCAUACGCAUCUGGUAUAGCCAGGGCUAUACUAAUUCCAAAUUACCAUUAUCUCUGGAAAUGGUUGUAAUGGAUGCCAAGGGGGAUAAAAUACAUGUCAUCAUUAGGAAGACAAUCAUGUAUAAAUUUGAGACGACUCUUAUUGACGGAAACGUCUAUAGCAUGUCCUAUUUUGAGGUUGCUGACAAUACUGGGUUGUUCAAACCAACUAAACACCCCUACAAAGUUAAUUUCCAGUUUAACACUGAAGUCCGCCCAAUGAACCAAAAUCCCAUUUCUGUUGAUCCUUAUUCGUUCGUCCCUCUUGCUGACGUGAUGUCUACCGCUUAUGAUACAAAUUUUUUAAUUGACGUCAUUGGAAUCCUCACUGUUGUUGGAACUGAGAGGGUGAUUGAAAGUCAUGGAAAGAAAACAAAGAUGAAUGUCAUUGAAAUUGACUCUUAUGGGGUCAAGAUGGAGUGUGCCUUAUUUGGACCCUAUGUCGAAGAUCUCAAUCUGUUCCUUAAUGGUGGUGAAAUGGUGAACGUAGUUAUUCUUCUCCAAUUUGUCAAAGUCAAGACAUGGCAAGGGAAUUUGUCUUUGCAAAAUGUGCAUGGGGCUACAAAAAUGUUGUUUAACCCCGCAGUCGACAUAGCUGUGGCUGUCAUGGAAAGGUUUUCAGCAAGUAAUGAUACAGGAUCGCAAUCUCUAAGUCAGCUUCAAGAUUCAAGCAAGGUUGUAGAUGAAGAGGACUUCUUAAUCUUAACCCCUCGAAAGACCAUUGCGCAAGUCCAUGACAUGAAGGAGAAUUCGGUGUGCAUUGUAUAUGCCACUAUCAGCUAUGUAGAAGAGGGUAUGGACUGGUGGUACACUGCAUGUAAAUGCAAUAAAAAAGUUUAUCCAGAUGAAAAGAUGUAUUUCUGUGAGGUCUGCAACCGCCACGUUGUCCACGUUAUCCCAAUGUGAUAGAUUGUAAUAUCGUCCAUUCCUUUGAUAUGGAUUAUUUCCAUUAAGGACUAUGCUGUAAAAGUCCACAGUUGUGAGUCUAUAUAUACCCUCCAUACCCCCUACAUCCCACACUUUGGCUGGAUUGCCCUCCCAUUUCCUAAACAAUGGACCACAUUCUGUCGGCGAAUUUUGAAGCGUAUGAGUCUGCAUUUGCUGUUGUCAGUCGUCCUUACGAGGUUUGUUUGAUCAUCUAAUGUUCAUAUCCAUAUCAUAUAUAUCACCAACUUAUUAAAUAUUCAAAAAUAUUUUAAGUUGCAGAUGACUGCUUCUGUGGCAGAAUUUUUCGCAACAAGGUUUGAUGUUGAACUUAGUAACAGGUGGUUGUUAUUUGACCCUGUUGGUAAUAGGCAUUCUGUCCAAUUUAUUAAGUGUCCUGUUAAGCCACAAAUUUCAACUGGGUGGUUUGAAAUCCGUCAUUUUUAUGGAUUGGAGGGGGUGAGAUGGUGUAUUUUGAGAUAUAAAGGAGGGUCUAUGUUCGAUCUAUUUGUUUACGGUAGAAAUUCACAAGAGAUAGACUACCACAGAGGGCCUCGAUCCAAACACUUAGAGUAUCCCCCUAUGUUAGAGCCCAUUGUAACAAAUGUGCCAGAAUGGAGAUUUUAUCCAUGUUAUUUCACAGUGCAACUUACGGAAAGCCAGUCAAAAGGAAGCCAGUUGGUAAUGUUUUAAAUUGUAGGUUCCAUUCUUAAAGUCAUAUAAUUAUUUUGAAUAUCUAAUAUCUAUCCUUGGUUUCAUAUGCAGAAUGUUCCUAAGCACAUUGCUUACUACCUUCGUAACUCUGAUGUUUUCCACUGGAUUCUAAGAGGGCCAUCUGGCAUUCAAGUGUUAUGUAGCAUACUUGCACCAGAACGAUUCAACUACGCUAAGAUCGGUAGAGGUUGGAAACUCUUCUGUGAACUGCAUUCUAUACAUACUGGACAAGUGGUAUCUCUUCUUUUUUCAACCGAAGAUAUCAAACUGGUGGAUGUUAUUAUCCACCCAUAUCAAGUGUAACAGCAUUUGCCUUUAUUUCGUUGCCACUUAUGUAUGAUGUAUCCAUAUAUAUGUAUGGUAACAAGCUUCCAUCUGAUGUAUAAUCCAUUAGGAUUAUUUUUUUUUAUUGCAAACUUCCUGGUAACCAACGUAUGCCUGCAUAUAAUUGACUUAUGCCUGCAUAUAAUUGACUUAGG